GGUCGCCCGCGUCGUCGCACUCCAACAUAUUUCGAUAUUAUUACUGCGUCUAUGCUAUUCUACUCAUCUUAUUAUCAACAUACCAUUCUUGGUAUUGUAAAAAACAAUAACAUUAUUCAUUCCGAAUUUAUUUUUUAAUAUCCCCAUACCAGUUGUGAAGUGCAUCAGUGAAUCAUUUAAAUGAAAAGGAAGUGGCGAAACUGUCUGUUUAUCCUUUGUGAUGUUGUGUGAAUGAUUGAUAAGUUUUGUUUAGUGCAGCCGCGUUUCUAGUGGCCUUAGUGUUAAUAUAAUAUGAGUGUGCAAAACAUAUAAGAGUUCGCUAAAAGUAAUUCAAAUUAAAUAAACUACUGAUGUGCCACGCACGGGAGUAUGCAGAGUUGAGGCGGGAGACGUAUUGCUCAAGGUUAAUGGGACUGAUGUGGACCGGUUCACUACCCGAGAAGUAUUAAAAUGCUUGCGGCUUUCGGCGGAUCCCGUCACUAUACGGCUAAAAAAGGAUCGGGUUCGCCGCCUUCUAGUAAUUCGAACAGCAAUUCGUCGAGCAACUCAUCUAGCAACGGGUCGGGCGCUCAAUCGGGUGACAGUUGUGAAGGAUUGCUGACGGAAGAGAGAGUAGAGAGGCGGUUGCGCGUCUCGCAGCCUAAGUUCGAGGCCUAUAUGAUGACCGGGGACCUUAUGCUCAAUCUGUCCAGGGUUGAGCAUCCACAUCACAACCACCACGCGCCUACACAUCGUACACACUAUCACAGAUACAACUCAACACCCGCUUCGCCGAGUGAGAAUCGGUUGGCAGCUCGAGUAGAGUUGUCGCAGAGGCACAAUUCCUCUCCGGACACUGGCCUAGUCGGAGAUCAUGCCAGUAAAUUUUUUGGCAGGUUCAAUUCACAACCUGCAUCACCGGCGGGGGGUAAUGCAGCUUCAAGUGAGGUAGCCACACGCACACAGCAACAUAUAGUUCGAACUUCGCGGUCCGAAGAUCACUUACAGUUCCAGAAGGAAUCGUCGUUGAGCGCGGUGGCAGUGGAUAUGGAGGAGGAUGUGACGUCAUCGCUCAACACGUUGCUCGACGCACGCCCCGACUCCGCCACUCCCGCUCCGCGCUCUGACUCCGACGAGCGAGACAGUUGUGGUACCAGGAUCGUGUGGACGUACAACGCGCCGGUGUCGCAGUGCAACGGCUCCGCUGCCACCUCCAACUCCACGUCGAUCUCCGACGGAAUAUCGCAGCGGUCGUCGUCUCCGCUUUCACCUACGUCGGCAUCUUGGUCUGCGCUCUCACCGCACCGACCGGCCCUGCCACCCCACCACCACCGACUCAACGGCGACAUGAGCUUAUCCGAAGCUGUAUCCAAUAUAUCUAGUCCGGACUACCAAGACCAAGACGACAUGUUCGACACGGGUCGCGAGUGCCCCAGAAUGGAGCUCUCCGACCCGUCAGAUUCCGACUCAACAAUACUAGUCUCCGAACCCUGCCACAAGCGAGCCAAAUCUAACUCCUCGUACUCCGAACACGGGAGCGACGUGACGCUCAACGGCGACAGCAAAGACUAUAGGAUAGUUAUACAGGUGAAAGGACCAGAGAAGAACGCUAAUGCUAACGAUAAUGUAAAUAAUAAUAACAAUAGUACUAACUACGCACAAAACGGAAAGGAGAAUGGGCACAAUUCACCUGAAAAUCAAGGUUAUCAGGAAUUAGGAAGUUGUUCCGACGCUGGUUCAGACGAGGGAUCGGACGGGGACUCGCUGCACUCGUUCCACUACAGCCCGAAAGCUGUGGAUAUUCCAUCAGCCGAGCGGCUAGCGAAGCGCCUGUACCACCUCGACGGCUUCAAAAAGUCUGACGUAUCACGACAUUUGAGUAAAAACAACGAAUUUUCCCGCGCCGUGGCCGAAGAGUACGUGAAACACUUCGAGUUCAGCGGCACGACUUUAGACGAAGCACUAAGAACGUUCCUCGCGCGAUUCGCGUUAAACGGAGAAACACAGGAGCGGGAACGCGUUCUCGUGCAUUUCUCGCGACGGUAUUUGGAGUGUAAUCCCGGCGCUUUCAACUCACAAGAUGCCGUACACACGUUAACAUGCGCAAUAAUGCUGCUGAAUACGGACCUGCACGGAUGUGGCAGUGGCACCUUCCGACGCAUGUCGUGCGCGGAGUUCAUAGAGAACCUCGCCGAACUCAACGAUGGCGAGAACUUCCCGAGGGACACGCUCAAACACCUCUACCACGCGAUACGAAACCAGCCGCUACAGUGGGCAUUGGACGCGGAAGCCACGCCCGCUAAUGGUGGCGACAACAAAAACGCCGCACCCGUUGGCAGUAAUCCGUUCCUGGACCUCCCCGACCAGAGCCGCGCCGUGGAGUACAAGAAGGGCUACGUUAUGCGGAAGUGCUGCUUCGACGCCAAUGGGAAAAAGACUCCAUUCGGUCGACGCGGCUGGAAGAUGUUCUAUUGCACGUUACGGGAUCUAGUCUUAUAUCUGCACAAAGACGAACACGGUUUCCGGCGAAGUCAAAUGUCAGAUAACCUGCACAAUGCAAUCAGGAUACAUCACGCUCUAGCAACGAAAGCCACAGAUUACACAAAAAAGCAACAUGUGUUUAGAUUGCAAACUGCCGACCAGGCGGAAUAUCUUUUUCAGACUAGUGACUCAAAGGAACUAUGCUCGUGGGUGGAGACGAUCAACUUCGUGUGCGCUGCGUACUCGGCGCCGCCGCUGGCCGGCGCGGUGGGAUCGCAGCGCAAGUUCCAACGACCGCUGCUGCCGUGCACGCACACCAAACUAUCUAUGAGAGAGCAACUUGCGGACCACGAAGAGCGAGCGGCCCGGUUGGAGGAGGAGCUGGCCGCGUUGAGGCAUGCGCGCGAACAUCCGCACUCGCAGCGCGAUAAGGACCACUACCUCGUGCACGAAAUAAAGAGGUAUCGCACAUAUGCGUACGUAAUGCGCAUGCGCGGCGGUGGCUCAGGGGCGGACGACAACGCGCCCGCACUGCCAGAACGCGCGGCAGCGCACGCCCACGCGCAAAACCCACCACCCUGACGCGCCAUGGCGCUAUUCGCCGCCUGCGUGCUCUGAUGCUCCCAGUGCCGCGCGACCCUGCAUAACUCGCCCGCUCCACUGAAGUAAAGCGUUCCCCAAACAGUACGUGGAGGUGGUCGGAUUUGAUACUGGCUGUAAUAUCAGUACACUUCCGAAACGUGCGGGCGCGUGACUAUUUGAUAAUAAGAUGUGGCUCCCGUAUUUUCAUUUCGCCCAAAGAUAACUGAAUCGAGGCUUUGUGUUUUGCCGUCCACUGAGAAUAAUGAUAACUGCCAUUAUAUUACUUUUAGACGUCACUUUUGGGAUUUUUGGGUGCUAAUCCUCUGGGUCAUUGUUUUUCGUAAUAUUUACGCAGUUAUUUACGAAGUUAUGAUAUAAUAUAAUAGUAUUCAAAGAUUUAAUACAUGCCUGUUGUUAAGAGGUUUUUUUUUAUUUUUCCUGAAAAGUUUCAGCAGUAAUCAUUUUAUUAUCUGGGUACGGCGAAAUGUACACUGGAACGUUUCAUCGUGAUGUUAGUUAGGGUAAAAUCAAAAUAAGCCCCUGACCUGCCCUCCUAAGAAAGCCAUUGCGCUGGAGUGAACUACGUACCACCCGUACGUAGUACCCGUGCAUGCAAACCGUACCGCCCUCGCGUCUGUUUGGGGAACGCUUAACAUUACAACAGUGACAUAGUGCAGAUAGUAUACAGUAAUACCACAUCUAUUAGUUAUGUCGGCAAUGCCAGUCUGAGCAAAUUAUGGUCUGAUACAAAACUGCCAAUCUUUCAAAAGUUAGCACCACGAGUUGAAUCUAAAUUAUCGGCAAGCCACAGUGAUAAAACCAAAACUGCUUUAGUUGUUAGCCUACAAAGUUGAGAGACAUUACCCUUCCGUCUGCCGCGAAAAGCAGGAGAAUCUGUACUCGCCAAACAGAUCUUGCGCGGUGUACUGCCUACUAAUAAGUUAUUCUUAGCAAUUUUUCAUUUUAAAGUCAACAUCUCCUGAGGAUGGUCCGGUGUCGAAACGAAUCGUGUGUAGAGAAUACACUACGGAAGAUCUGGUGGAGUGCAGUUUAAAGAUUGAAAAAAUUAUAAAUCGCACCGGACCGAUUCUCCUACUUUUUAAAUUAAACUUAAUGUUCAUUAUAUAUCAUGGAAUUCAGCAUAGUAACGCCUACUCCUAUAAAAUUAUUUCGUGCUGGCUGAAUAGCAUCACUGUAACCAAUAAAUGUGGUAGUACUAUAUACGAGUGACGUGCGUUUUAAAAUAGUGUCGCGCAAAUAUAAACAGCAACUCGCCCCAAAUUCUCAACAUGAGACAAAGUGAACAAGACAGAAAUAUAUGUGUGUGAAUUCUCAGUGCUCACAUAUAAAUCACUCUCGCCAAAUUCUUAAGAAGAAAGUGUAUUUGAUGUGCAAUCCUAUUUAACUAUUAUCUGUGCUUGCAAAAAAAAGUACUUCUUUUUGCUAAAUUCCUGAAGUUUGGUACCAAUCAACUGAUACAUGUGCACUUGAUUCAAAAGUUGCAGUGAUGAAAUCAAUGCUAAACAAAUUUAAUUCUUAAACUAAAGAACUGUAAACCUUGUUCCACAGCCAAAAGAAUAGUCUGAUGCAGGUAUAGUUCUUUCUUCUUUAAACGUAAACAAUUAACUUUUCAAUACUUUGAAUGUACAAAGUAUGACUUAAAAAUAUGAAAAAAAAUGAUGUUCAAACAUAUUUACAUAUAUAUUAAUAUUUUAUAUUUUUUACUAAAAAGUAUUCAAAAGGAAGUUUACAUUUUAAGAUAUGUAAGAAAUGGACUAUAAUCAGUUUAUCUAGAUGAGGUAUUAUAAAUAAUACAAUCCUAUGCAGAGAUAAAACCCUGAUUGGUUUAUUAUGCAAGCUGUAUUUUGCCAGUAUCUAAAUUGAAUGGCAAUCAUAUUGCAUAACUAUAAAAGUGAGACCAAAGUGGCAGUCAAAAACCCACCUUAUAGUUUGCUUAAUUAAAUGUUUGUUUUUAUUAUUUUAUAAACUAAUAACUUAACCUGGCCACACAUCGCUGCAGUUCAGUCUGAUACAAAAACAAUAUGGAAAGAAUCACUCUUUUAUAGAAAUGCAACAUUGUGUAAAAUUUUCAAGUCUAAUAAUUAAUAUUUAAUUGGUGUAUCUAAUUUACACUGCUGAUCACUUUAAUAAUAGUUAGUACAUUUAUAGCUAAACGGGCAGCGGCCAUUCUGCCAAAUUCAGUAACUUCUCAGUUCACAAAUGGUGAUCACAUGGAUCUUAUUAUUGUCUAACUUGAUAGCAAAAUUUGUAUAUCAGAUAUUUUAUACCGAGACAACUGAACUUUCAGUUGUCUGAAGAGGGCAGCUUAUACGAAGAGGAAUGUUGCCUUUGUCUUGAUUAUCGUCUAUAGAACCGAAUCUCCACUGUUAACUUAGUAACCCGCACAGUGGGAAAUAAAUAUUUAGAAACUUUUAGACCUGAGUUCCGAUUGUUUACGAUUCAUAUAUACAAAAUUGUAAAUAGUUUAGAAACUAUAUUAUACUUAAUUUUGUAAUAUUGUGAUAAUAUAAAGGAUUUGGUACAUACAAGUACAUUUUAGACACUAUACUUGAAAAAUAUACAAAAUAUUAUUAGCAAAUAAAAAUGAAACUAAAUACAUUAAACACAAGUUAUUAUUAUUGAAUACCCGUAAAUCAAAUUCUUGUUGAUUCUUUGUAAAAUAAGCGAAAUUUGAAUGUGCUCUUGUUGAAUGUUGUCUUUAGAUAAAGACUAAACUACCUACUUCACAACUUGUUUAUUAAAAAAAAAAAUUAAACACUAUAAUCUGACUAUUUCAAAUAGUGUUUUGAACCAUCUGAUGACUGCAGAGUAGAGCUGCUUUCAUUCAAGAAUAAUCGUUCAAUGUAAUUUAAAAAAUCAUAAAAAUAUUAUUUCUUAUAUCUAAUGUAUCAUAUUUUAGUAAAAAAUUAGGGAACUAAACUGAAAUGUGACAUAAAUAGGUAGUAUGGUUUAGGAGAUAAAAAUAUGUGUUGAUCCAACCUUGGUAUAAGACUGAAUGAGACAUCCAAACCACAUUCCAUUGCUGAUAAAUUUUGCAGUAAAAGAGUUUAGAUUCACCUAAAAAAAAGCAUUUGUGAUAAUAAGACUAAACUAUUA